UAGACAGACAGACAGAUAGAUAGAUAGAUAGACAGAUAGACAGACAGAUAGAUAGAUAAUUCAAUAUCUACCCUGUUUUUCUAGCACCUAGCUUCUAAAAAAGCAGCAGAAAGAAAAAGAAAACCUGUAUCAACUAGCUCUGUCCAUGGUACUGGAAAUGAUUAUAACUACCAUUAUUGUUAAAACCAGACAGGGAUCUCUCAGCCAAUCAGCAGCCAUGUAAUGCCCUCGUCCUGAUUGCCUGCUAUUCAGAAGCCUUUAUGUUCUACUGUGAUCUCUCUCCCAAAGAUUGUCCCAAGCCUGAUUCAUCCAAUCAGCCUGGGUGAAUCAGGCUGUUCUUUUAUCACCACUUGGUGUUUUUGAUGAUAGUUUUUUUUUUUAGCUUUUGUGAUGAGCCAUAAACAAACAGCAGUGUUCUAGUAUUGUGUGGAAAGAUAGCUGUUUCAACUGAAGUACCACCUGUGAGUGUGUUAUUUUUCUCCAGUUAAUGUCAGUGUCAGUGAGGCCAGUUUUAUAUCUACCUGUUAGAAACCCAGCAGAACCACUUUAGUUUGUUUUAUAGGUUUUUAAAUGCUGUUCUGUCGGGUUCUUUUUCAACAGUAAUAAUCCUAUUAUUUGGAUUAGUCACAAAAAAAAAAACAGGUGAGAAAAACUUACAUCCUCCUGCUGUUAUUUGUCUUUCUUUCCCAGCAAAAAAAGAAUGUGUGGAUUAUUGAUCCAAAGCUACCCUGCCAUUAAUAAGAUUAAUACAUUUUUUAAAUUAAUUUUAAUUCUAAUUAAUUAAAUAUUUUCUCUUCUUAAUUGUUCCAAAAUAUAGAAAACAUUUACAUAAAAAUAUAAUUUUUUUUAAAAGAAAGGUACUGAGGAUCCUUGGUUAGUGAAAAGGUUAAUGGUCCAACAUCAUGGAUCAUCUCUGACUAAAGAACAGCCACUGUUUGUUAUUGAUCUGAACCAGUGUGAGUCGUUGUCUCUACCAUUAAAUAUUUACACACUGCAAACAGGUUCCAAUAAUUGGUCCGUGUUGACAGGUUUAGCGCCCUCUAUUACGACUGUAUCCUGACCACACGCUCCCCGGCUCUAGCCUCGUGUAUGCACUCACAGGAACAAACACACAUUAAAUCAGAUGAUAACCAGGAACCCUAGCCCUCAGAAAUGAAGUGAAUCAAAUGAAAAGUGACCCAUCUGCUGCCCACACUCAGUCAGUCAGGCUUAUCAAAGUUUCAGGGUACAGCCUGCCACUAAACACUAACCACAGCCCUGGAACAGAGUCUUCCCCGGCGGUGUCGUGAAUCAGGACUCCUUUAGAUAGAAAUGGUAGAGUUGUUUCGAACACGCAGUAGCUUAACUGAGACUAUUGUUCCACGUUGGCUGCUGUAACGAACUGAUUUAACCUCAGCAGAAGAAGAAAAGGGAAGGUGUGAAAACGUGUGUGGAACGUGUAAACCACACCAUUGUGUUCCUGCCAUCGAUGGAUAUUUGUGGAGGCAGAAUAAAUAGAACCACACAGUCAUCUUUUGUUUCAUCAACUUCAAAUCUGCGGUUAGUGCUAUUGCCUUACAGCAUGAUGGUCAGCAGUUCGAUCCCUGUCAGUAAUUGAUGGUUCAUCUGUGUGGAGUUUUCUUGUGUGUGUGUGUGUGUCUAUUGGGGGCGAGGGGAGGGGGGUUCUCAAUAUUGUAGUUACUGUACAUGCAGUUAAUUGGACUCCAGUUUUUGAUUGGUCGUUUGAACCCCACCCAUGUCCGGUGAUUGGCUCCAGUUCUCCAGGAAACCCCUUCAAAGUGAAAAGAGAUUAAAACGGAUUGUGGCAGAGAUUAGUGUUGUUCUCAGGGGACCUGCUGGUCAGACAUGUGUCCCUCUGGUGGGGGUUGGUCCCUGAUAUCACCUGCUUGCUGCCAAUUCUCUUUAUUGAUUUUAGUCUACAUCGACUCCACAAAAAGGUGUAUUGAUCAGGUCUGAUCUAGAGUAAUAAUCCACCUGUCAUCGCUGACCACACAGAUCUGAAUGAAUAAGACAGAUGGUCAGCUGACUCUAAUGUACACAAAUACCACCUGUCAGUGUGUACGGCUUUACCAUUGUUUAGAGUGGAGAGAUGUGGGGGAGGUGUUCUUUGGGUUAGAAGCCUCUUCUUUUCUUUGGCCUCAUGUUUUGUUGCCAUGAGUGAUUCUCAUAUGUUGCAAAAUGCUGUUAAAUGCUUAAAAAAAAAUUUUUUAAUUAAAACUUCUCUAGUUUGAAAACUUUUCCCUGACUUUCCACAAAUUGUGUUAAAUCACAGUUUCAUAAAAUCACAUUUUCCUCAAAAAAAUGUGAGCUUAUUUGUUGAUUUGUCCCACGUGAACACUGGUAAAAUCUCAUCUACUCCAGUGCCACCCAGGAGCAAAUCGACUUUUUGGUCUUCGUCCUCUAUUUAUUCUUCUUUAUUUGUCCUGCAGUGACAAGCCUGGUCUCGUCUUCACUUUUCUCCAACUCCUUAAAAUGCCUUUAGAGACCCAUAGGGCAAUUUAUCAGCGCAGGGGUGGCUGUCCGUAUCUGUCCAAUUCUAAAUGUGGGCUCUGCCUGUUUUACUGGUUUGACUCAUUACUACUUAAUUAGUCACGGCACUGAACAGAAGAUAAAUGAAUGUCUGGAUGUUAUGGGCAGCAGACGAGAGAAGAUCAAUAGAAAACACACAUCAGGACUUUAUUGCUUUAUCAUUUCAAAUGCUGAUGGAAUUUAAUUUUCCCUUUUUAAAUGGUAACAUUUAUAUUAAAUGUUUGUAAUAUCUGCGUUUGCCAGUAGAGCCGUAGUCUGCUACAGCUGCUUGAACAUAAGAUGAGAGCAGUGAGGAUUAUAGAGACUCACUGCGUCGGCCUCUCCCUGGAGAUAUUUCUCCCUCUGUUGAGAAAAAGCCUCCAUGAAUUUCUUAUGGGGGAGAUUAUGCAGCUGGGACGGUAAAAUAAAAGGAAAAGCCCACGAUUUUUUAAAAAAAGAUAUAAAACAUCAUUCAACUUGUUUCUAUGGCACUGGGACUAAAUGCUGAAAUCCUGAAUCCAGCCACAGCGCAGCAGUAGGAUGUCACAUGACCCGGGGAACCGACAUCUCACAUGAACUCUGAAGGGGAAUAAAAGAUUCAGGCAUAUAAUCCUGUUAAAGAGAGAAGGUUCCUGUGAAACCUCUCAGGGUAGAAGAGUCCACUCAAGCUUAUGUAUUAUCUUUUUAAACAUGUGCUUUAAUGCCACUUAAUGCUAAGCUACAGCUAACGUUGGCUAAGAUGUAGCUUAAAAUGUACUGAAAAAUGAGACUAACAUUGAUUUCAAUAGCACAGUCUGUGUUCAAUCUGCUUGGCUAAGCUCAAAAAACAUUUAUGAUUACAGAUUAAUCACAUUCUCCUUCAACAGUAGCUAAAACAGCAGAAUAACGGCUAAAGGUAACCAAACAUAUGCUAGCAAUGUUAGCUGUACACAGAGUGUUUAUUCUUUUUUAUUAUUAUUUCUUUUUACUUCUUCUUUCUUUUAUUCCUAACUUUUGCAAAUCCAUGACCUUUGUCAAUUUGGGAACAUUUCAUUUCUAAAAGGUCAUGUGUUCAGAGAUUGACAUAUUCGUAGUAGUGAAGGAAAUAUUUUUAAACAAGUAAACAAACAAAGAAAAUCAACAAAUUAGAUUAAGAAUACAAAUACAUAGGUCAUAUAAUUUUUGAUUUUGACCAUUUUUUUUCACACGACAUCUGCAGUUAAACACGAAUAUAUUUUCCAUACUAGUUUUUUAUAUAUUUUUGUUUUGUAAAAUAUUAUGACGUCAGUUCAUUUCUAUUCACUGACUUGUGACACACUCAACCAAAUUUGAUAUUUGCAAUAUUUUAAUGAUUAUAUUUAUUAAGACUUUCAUUUAAAUCCUCUUAUGUCAGUGGUCUGUAUCUGUUUAUCUGCCGCCAGUGAUCGGUGGCACAUAUUAGGGGUUGAUUACAUCCUUUGUAGCUUUAUUAUCACUGUUGUCAUCUUUAAAUAGCUGAGUGUAAAUGUUGACGGUGGGUUAAUUGCAGUAGCAUCGCAAAUCACCCAUCGACGUUUCUAUUUACCAAUCAGCAGUCAGCAGCACUGGCAGAGGCAGAGUCUCCAUUACCAAGGCGGGUCCCUGUUGCACAGCCUCAGGGGUUAAAGGCAACUGUCUAAUUUUAGUGCUUUUACUGCACAUCCCACCCCCACCCCCACCCCUUCAAACACACCCAUAUUGAAAGGCCUAUAAAUUUAUUUAAUUUACGUCUUCUUUCCAGCCACUGUUUCCGUUUGACGUGUGCUUGACAUCAGCACUCGUACUGAUGUGUUUUAGUUUAAAUUGCACAAUAUGGAUGUUUGAAUUUGGGGAGUGAAAGUGAUUUAAUGGAGGAGGGAAGGAUGUACCCUCCACCCCCUCCUGGAACCAGGCUGUGAUAAAAUGAACCGUGUACGUGAGACGGAGAGUUGGUCCCCGCAGAGUCGCACUGGUGCAAAUCAGAUGAUUUCACGCAGUGGGAAUAUCAAGGGAAUUUACAGUGCCCCUUUAAGAGGACACGUCGAAUAAAAAAGAAUGGAAUGCAGAUAUAAUGGCAUAGAAUGUGCAGUUAAAAACACAAUAACUGCCCUAAUAAAAAUGUAUCUUAAAUGUAUUUACUACAUUACAUUAAAGACAAAACCAAAUAGUUAAAAAAAAACUAGUAUUUAUUUCUUUUACGGUACUUGAUGAUUAAAUGUCACCUCAAUCUUGACCCUUGUUUAAAAAAUAUAUUGAUUUGUAUUCAAACCUUGUUUCUGAGGCUGGCAGCAGUGCAGUGUUCUCACACAUCUGUGAGUGAGAUGUUUGCUGAAUACAUUCGGUGUUUGUUGCAGUAGUAAAGUAAAAACACUGCAGCUAUUUAUGUAUUUGUUUGUUUAUUUAUUUAUUUUUGCAUGAAUGGAUAUUUCCUGUUUGCAUCCUACUGGUGCCUUUUAAUCAGCUUUAUGAAUUCAGACGGGAGACACGUCUUAAAAUGGAUGUUUCUAAUCCCAUGAACACCAUUAGGAUGACGAGGAUGGUGUGUUUUUGACGCACAUCCAUUUUCCAUUCUGAGUGAUGACGUUGUAGGAGCUGUGACAGGGAGGAGGAGGAGGGGGAGGAACCUCUGGAUGUGACAGUUGCUACUCUCUCCCGGCUUCAUCAGCGCUCUCCCUCCUCAUCCUCACCCUCCUCAUCAUCACCAUCAUCAUCGUCACCAGCAGCAGCAGCAGCUCCAGCUCCAUCAGCUGCCGUGCCUCCAUCCACCGACACGCACGCAUCUUGGAGAGUCGCUCCAGUGAAAGGGAGGAAGAGAAGGAAGAAGGAGGAGAGGAUGGAGGAGGUGAAGAUCAUGGGUGAAUGGCAUUUGGCUGUGAAGCGUGAGGAUCAAGAAAUCAUGCGAGGUCUUCAUUUAUGACACAAACCCGAGUUCGUGCUUGAUAGAAACUAAUUCAGAAACAUAAAGUUUACACCUUCAUACACCUGCUCAACAUGGAUGUAUCUCCCCCCUCACUUCAGCAUCAAUCAAAAAAGAGGGUAAAGAUCCACCCAAACACAGUGACGGUGAAAUACGCCACUCACUUUCCUCAGCCUGGCGAUGAGGGCUACGAUGAUGCGCCCUCUUUUGAGGAAUUUGGCGCCUUUGCAGAAGCUAACGUGGACAAGAGACUGGUGUCAGACAGUAAAGGUGGCAGGACUUUUUUUGGCACCAUGGAGACCCCGCCCAAACAGCCAAGUGUGCAGAGAGACAAGGGGGUUGGAGGCCAGCUGGCCAGCUUUGGCGAGGCCAACGUCCUGGCCUCCAGAGUGACCUGGAUGGCUCUGUUUGGAGCAGCGGUGGCUCACGGCUGCGUGGCACUGAUCACUCGAUUAGCGGCCGACCGCUCUAAAGUGCCCUCUCUGGAGCUGCUCUUCAUCCGCUCUGUCAUCCAAGUCCUGUCCAUCCUGGUGGUCUUCUACUACCACGAGGCCCCCUUCGGCCCCAAGGGCUACCGUCUGCGUCUCUUCUUCUACGGCGUCUGCAACGUUAUCUCCAUCACCUGCGCGUACACCUCCUUUGCCAUCGUACCGCCCAGUAACGGCACCAUCAUGUGGCGUGCCUCCACCACCGUCUUCAGUGCGGUACUAGCGUUCCUGCUCCUGGACGAGAGGCUGGGCUACACAGAUGUGGUCACAGUGGUGGGCAGCGUCUUCGGUCUGUGCCUGGUCAUGGUGCCAAAUGUAGCCGAUCAGGAGAAGUCCAGACUGGGCUUCUGGAAGGAGGCCUUCGGCUACACAAUGACAGUGAUGGCUGGUUUGACAGCUGCCCUCUCCAUGAUUGUCUACAGAGCCAUAAAGGAGCGAGUCAGCAUGUGGACAGCACUCUUCACGUUCGGCUGGACGGGCACUGUGUGGGGUGCCUCCACUAUGUUUAUCAUGCAGGAGCCCAUCAUUCCCCUGGACGGGGAGACCUGGGGCUAUUUAAUUGGAAUCUGUAUCUGCUCCACGGUGGCGUUUUUAGGAGUUUACUACGCCCUCAACAAGUUUCAUCCAGCCUUAGUUAGCACCGUGCAGCACCUGGAAAUCGUGGUGGCCAUGUUCCUUCAGCUCAUCGUCCUGAGGAUGAUCCCGUCCAUCUAUGAUGUCAUCGGAGGCCUGGUCAUCAUGAUCAGCGUGUUCACUCUGACGGGGCUCAAACUGUACAGGGUGAGCAGGGCCAUGAGGCAGGAUUAUCAGGAGAUUCUAGACUCGCCCAUCAAAUGAGUUUAUGCUCCACGAGUUUACAGUGUUGUUUGGUUGUGCAAUUUCAAAGAAUGUCUGAGUCGUCAUCUGAUGAUUUCGUAUUGGUGUGUUGUUGGAAGAGUUUCAGUCAUGAUGUGAACUAAUGUCUUAAUAUCUGUCUGUGAAAUAAACGUGUAAUAUUGUGACCCAUGACCCAUAACAAUGAUGAUGAUAUUGAUGUCGAUGUUUCACGGACCAAAUGUCAAGAAAUGAAAAAAAAAAAACAACCAAACAAAUCGGUUUCAUUUCUGUAAUUAAAUUAAAGUUUUAAAUCAAAUAGAAUACUUAUUGUGGAUUAAAAAAAAGGGAAUUUAAUGAUAUCACUGCGUUACAUACUGUGUUGUCAUGCUGCUGCUGAUGUCAAAAUGUGUAAAUGUCAGCAGAGACUGCAUUAAAAAAAAACAAGGAAAAUAAAAGAAUAAAAUCACAAAAUAAAUUCACAAAAUAUCUGGCACUGAAUUUAUUUUCUGUAAUUUGUCAUUUUGUUCUUUAGCUUAGUUUACAGAACCUGCAGAAAUAAAUUAAAACUCAUUGAUGGAAAAAGAAGUCAACAAAUGUUGAGCU